AUGGCGACAAGAGCAGGUCAUGCUUUUAAAACAGUUUUGGUAAAUGUAUCAGCAGUAGCUAAAGCUCUCCAUCGUUCACUAGUUUAUAUAACAAAAUAUUUUGGUUUCGAAUUGAGUACAUCAGUAGAAAUGAAUGUAACAUUGAAUCGAUAUAUUAUCAAAGGGGCGUACAAUCAAGAAAAAUUGCAAGAUUUAUUAGAUGAUUUUAUAAAUAAAUUCGUACUAUGUCGGUAUUGUGGCAUUCCUGAAACUGAAUUAAAAAAGAAAUUGGCUAAUCAAUUAAACGAUCCUAGUUCAAUUCAAGAAUUGAAAACUGAAGCUGAACGAUUAAAAAUAGUAGAAAAAGUUCCAUUUUAUGUUGCUGAAUGUUUAUUUACUGAUCAAAUUGUCAAAGAAAUUGAAUCAUACGAAAUGCUACUUUAUAGAUUGUGUACAAAAACUACUAAAGGACAAAAGUCUCUGUUAGAUGGACUUGAAGUGAUAAUCGGUGCAAAUCAAGAAAUAAGAAAAAAAUUAUUCAAUACAAAAGAAAUCUCAAAAAUUCUUUACAAACUUUAUGAAAAAGACAUUGUUACAGAAGACGUUUUCUAUCAAUGGCAUAAACAGGAAUCGAAAGAAUUUGUUGAUAAAAUAAUUGCAACAGAAGUUCGAGAGUAUGCCAAAGAAUUCAUCGAAUGGUUACGUACAGCUGAAGAAUCCAGUAAUGAAGACAACGAUAAAAUCUCCAAUAAUCUAUAG